AUGGCGACCGACGCGACGAAGAACGCGGCGAAGGUGUGGGAGGCGGAGCAGAUCGAGACGUCGCGCGGUUCCCUCGACGCGCGACGGUCGCGCUCGCUCGACCGCGGCGCGUCCGCCGCGCGCGCCGACGCGCGCGACGACACUCGCACCCCCCGCGACGACCAGGACGACGACGACGACCACGGCCUCGCGCGACGCCGCGACGGCAUCACGAUGACCUGGCGCGACCUGCGCUACGUCGUGCACCCGAACGGCCCGUCGAAGCCGUCGAAGGAGGUGCUGAGGGGCCUCACCGGUGCGGCGCUGCCGAGGCACGUCAUGGCGCUCAUGGGUGCGUUCUCUCGCGUGGUGAACGCCGUUUCUUAAGGACUUUUGCCGUCGAUUCUCUCUGCGCCCACACCUCGCUUUCAAUACCCGCCCUCGACGCCUUUCAACUCCGCUUCUGACGCCUUUCAACUCCACCCCGACGUUCGCUCGUAAAGGCCCCACCGGCUCGGGGAAGACGUCGCUGCUCAACGUCCUGUCCGGCCGCGUGCCGUCGGGAGGGAUGGCGAGUGGAAAUGGCACGCGGGAGGCAAAGGAACGAGGCGCGCGCGGCGCGGACGACGCGCGCGAUCGAACCGCGCGCGGACGCGUCGCGCGCGCGCGAAAUCGAAAACGCGGAGAGAGACGCGCGCGCGCCUUCGCGCGGGCGAUUCAGAUCACGCGACCGCGGUGGCGCGAAGCGUCGAGGGCGACUCGCCUUCCCAAGGAUGAGGAUCUG